AUGGACACCCAGGACCCAGCUCGCCUCUCCCUGGUGCAGGCGGCGGCAGACGAGGCUCGAUUCUUCGUCUAUGCUUACAACGCCACCACCCUCGUCACUACGGCUGGCCUGGUUCUUGGCAUUUUUUUCGUCGUCACCGCCGUGGCGCUCUAUCUCUAUUACUUAGUCCAAGAGGAAAAGCUGAAGAAGAAGAACUGGGAGUAUAAAGGUGGCAACUACAGGCAAGACAAAAGCGGGGGCGUGUACUUGGGCGUGGUGGAGCUGCUGGAGCAGGCGUGGGCACUCUACAACAUAGAGGGACAAGACUGUCGUCGUAGUCUGGUGUGUGAGGCUCAUCUUCCCACAGCAAGCCACGUCAACUUCCCUGUCUCUGAGACACUCAAACAUCUCCUCGGUUUUUUCUUCAUGAUACAUCUUUACCCUGACAGCCAGGUGACCGAGGACAUGCUGGGUGAGGUCGACAAGGGUCAGGCAGCUGUAGUACGAGACCUGCAGUUGGCUGCUCAGUACGGGCGGACGGUGAAGAACUGCCUGGCGUACGAGCGCUACUGCCCAGGCCAAGGAUUGGCGAAUAUAUCGCAGAAUUAACAAAUCCUGAGUACCAAAAACCCGAUGACUCGUAAUGACCCAAAAAACAAAUCAUUUACCACGAGACAACUGACAUUUUAAAUCUCGAAAAGUCAAUUCAGAAAAACUUGACGUUACUGAACAUACUGACUUUUUUUCCGAAGAAUGAGAGAGAUUUGGACACCAAGACCAUCAUGGCUGCAAUAUGUUGACACACCUUUUUUUUCAGGUCAUGUGUGCAAGAGCCCCUAACUAGAAUUUCAGUAUAUUACGGUUUUCCUGAAGCAUGUUUCUCACACUUCAGGUGAUACGCGUGCAUAUCUGAAUAUAACCUGGCUUGCCUGGGCACUCGUCUCCCAUAAAUCGCAGGCAUAUGUUUUUAAAUAGCGUACGUGAUUAAAUAUACUCUCAUGGCUUUAUGCAACCUAGUUAUACAGAAGAAUCUUUCUAAUUGCCAAUAACAUUAAAAAACUGACGAUGGAGUCAUGCAAUACAACGUACGACGUAGAACAAGGAUUACAAUGCAGAUAUAUAUUAAGAUAACCCAAGAAAGCCACUGGGUGUCUCCCCCCCAACUUCCACCUAGGAAUGUGACCCACAACAGUCAAUCAACAAAAAGAUACUACUACCCAGCAAGAAUGCUGAGAGCUUUACAAGUGAGGUGGAAAAUUCACUACGGACAGUA